AUGGCUCGUUUAGGCCGCGGACUGGGCUCUCCGCGCUGUUUCCUGCCCGUUGUGACCGUGUUCAGGCACCUUUGUGAGGGCACGAUGCAGGACAUGGGGGUCGCCCUGAGUCGGUCCCCUUUGGAGCGGCUCCCCUUCGACAACCAGGCUCUGAAGCGGCUUCCCCUGGACCCGUGUGAGGACGAGGGUGUGCGGCAGGUGAAGGGAGCGUGUUUCUCUCGGGUGAAGCCUCAGCCGCUGACCAGUCCCCGCUUCGUGGCUGUGUCCGACCAGGCGCUGUCGCUCCUGGGGCUCAGCGCGGAGGAGGUGCGUGACGACCCCCGCGGAGCCCAGUACCUGAGCGGGUCAGUGGCGAUGCCCGGGUCGGAGCCUGCUGCCCACUGCUACUGCGGACACCAGUUUGGGCAGUUUGCAGGACAGCUGGGGGACGGGGCAGCGUGUUAUCUGGGAGAAGUGAAAGUGCCCCAUGGACAAAACCCUGAACUUUUGAUUGAAAACCCGAGUGGGAGAUGGGAGAUCCAGGUGAAGGGCUCUGGACUCACCCCUUUCUCCAGACAAGCUGAUGGCCGUAAGGUGCUGCGCUCCAGUAUAAGGGAAUUCUUGUGCAGUGAGGCCAUGUUCUUCCUGGGAGUUCCCACCACCAGAGCCGGGUCCGUGGUGACCUCCGACAGCAUGGUCCAGCGGGAUAUUUACUACACUGGCCGCCCUCGCAAUGAGAGGUGCUCUGUAGUUCUCCGCAUUGCUCCCACCUUCAUCAGGUUUGGCUCUUUCGAGAUCUUCAAGCAGGCGGACGAGUUCACAGGACGUCAGGGUCCCAGCUACGGACACGAUGAGCUCAAAGGACAGAUGCUGGAUUAUGUCAUUGAGAUGUUUUAUCCUGACAUCCUACAAAACUCCAACCGUGUGGAGAGAAACGUGGCUUUCUUCAGAGAGGUGGUGGUCCGUACGGCUCGACUCGUGGCCCAGUGGCAGUGUGUCGGAUUCUGUCAUGGAGUUUUAAACACUGACAACAUGAGUAUUCUGGGGCUCACUCUCGACUAUGGGCCGUAUGGAUUCAUGGACAGGUUUGACCCAGAGUUUAUCUGUAACGCCUCGGACAGCUCCGGUCGUUACUCGUAUCAAGCCCAGCCGGCCGUCUGCAGGUGGAACUUGGCCAAACUGGCCGAGGCUCUGGCUCCCGAGCUGCCUCCCGAGAGAGCAGAGGAGAUCAUCGACGAAUAUAUGGAUCUGUAUAACCGCUUCUACCUGGAAAUCAUGAGGAAAAAGAUCGGUUUGCUCAAAAAAGAGGAGCCUGAGGACGAGAUGCUGAUCACGGAGCUGCUGCAGACCAUGCACAACACCGGCGCUGACUUCACCAACACGUUUCGCACUUUGAGCCAAAUCUCCUGUCCCAGCGAGGGGGAAAACGAGGAGGACGUUAUCAGCCUGGCUGCACGGCUCCUCCUGGAACAGUGUGCUUCUUUAGAGGAGCUACAGACUGCCAACAAGCCAACCAUGAACCCACGGGAGCUGACCAUGCUGCUGUCGCUGGCCCAGAGCAAUCCAGCGCUGUUCCAGAUGAUUUCGGACAGAGCGACCAUAGCCAGGCAGUUGGAUAAGCUCAGCAAACUUAAAGACCUAAUGGAGACCAGCGAAGAGGCGCUAAAAGCUAAGCAGACUCAGGACUGGACAGUCUGGAUCACACGCUACAGGAAGCGUCUGGGGAGGGAGCUGGAAGGCCACGGUGAUGCUGUGCAGGCUGUCCAGGACGAGAGGGUGAAGGUGAUGGACAGCACCAACCCACGCGUGGUGCUGCGGAACUAUAUCGCCCAAAACGCAAUCGAGGCGGCAGAGAACGGAGACUUUUCUGAGGUCCAGAGAGUCCUGAAGGUUCUGGAAAAGCCCUUCUCCUCACAGCCAGGACUAGAGCUUCCCACGUGGGUCGGAAAGAGCGGAGCGGCUGAGGAGGCUGAGAGGGAGGAAUCUGAAGAAGAAGCCGCUUCAUCGUCCACCGUCAGAGCGGCUUUGCCUUACACCAGCAAGCCCCCGACGAUGUCGAAUCGCAUCAGGCCUGGAUACUGCCGUCAGGAUGUAAACAAAACCACUUGGGAAGUCCCGGAGCGGUACCGUGAGCUGCGGCAGGUGGGGACCGGCGCGUACGGGACAGUGUGCUCGGCGGUGGACUCCAGAACCAGAGCUAAAGUGGCCAUAAAGAAACUGUACAGACCGUUCCAGUCAGAGCUGUUCGCCAAACGGGCCUACAGAGAACUGAGGCUGCUCAAGCACAUGAAGCACGAGAACGUGAUUGGCCUCCUGGACGUGUUCACCGCAGACCUGUCUCUGGACAGAUUCACUGAUUUUUACCUGGUGAUGCCGUUCAUGGGCACAGAUCUGGGGAAAGUGAUGAAGCUACAGCGGCUCUCUGAGGAGAAGAUCCAGUUCUUAGUUUAUCAGAUGCUCAAAGGGCUGAAGUAUAUUCACUCUGCUGGUAUAAUACAUAGGGAUCUUAAACCAGGUAAUCUCGCCAUUAACCAAGACUGUGAAUUAAAGAUCAUAGACUUCGGGUUGGCGCGGCAGGCGGACAGCGAGAUGACCGGGUACGUGGUGACGCGCUGGUACCGAGCCCCAGAGGUCAUCCUCAACUGGAUGCACUACACUCAGACUGUGGACAUUUGGUCCGUGGGCUGCAUCAUGGCGGAGAUGCUCCAGGGAAAACCACUAUUUAAAGGCAGCGAUCACCUGGACCAGCUCACCGAGAUCAUGAAAGUCACCGGGACGCCGUCUCAUGAUUUCGUGUCAAAACUUGAAUCCGAAGAUGCCAAAACGUACAUCGAAGCUCUUGAUAAAAUAGAGAAGAAAGAUCUAACGAAAGUGUUUCCAGACAACGAUCCUCAAGCGGUGUGUGUGCUGGAGUGCAUGCUGCUGCUGGACCCGGAGAACAGGGUGACCACGGCUGAAGCUCUCUCGCUGCCAUUUUUCUCCAUUUUCCGAGAACCGGACGAGGAGACCGACGCUCUGCCGUACGACCACUCUUUGGACAACGCCGAACUCACCGUGGACCAGUGGAAGCGUCAUACCUUCACAGAGAUCUUGACUUUCAAACCUGUUUUUCUGGAAACGAAAGAAACUUCACUUUGA